AUGCGUUCUGGCAGGUUGAAAUAUGCGCUUGGAGCCCUCUCGCUGCUAUCUAUAUGGUACCUGUUUUCACCCACCGUCACCAAUUUCGUGGUGUGGAACUUCGAGGAUCUCCUCAUUGGAGACGUGAGCUCCGACAUUGUGUUUCUACAGCGACUUCACGCGUACGCCAUGGACGAUGAUAGAUCAUGUGAGGUGCCUGAAUGGAUCCCAGAGGGCACUCUCGUCACGUCUAGACCUGACUGUCAAGCCCCCCAGGGCUGGGAAGUGAAACAUUUACCUCACUCGAACAUUCCGACCUUUGAUUUUGCCAUGGGUUCGUGUUCACGAGGAGAAAGAAUGCUGUGUCUCAUUUUAUCCAACAGCCAUCCUCUUCCGUUCGGCAAAAGGCACAGGAAGAACCCGCUGCAUCAGCUGACUCGUCAGACCUUGUCUCUCUACACCAACGAAGACUACAGCUGGAGCUGCAACGCCAAACAUCUCAGUGCCUGCCAGGUCGUGCCUGGAGGAUCAGCCCAGUGCAUUUUGGAAGCUAUGGUGGCGCACAAUUUCGGGUCAGAGCUCGAUAAGAAGGUCACGUGGAAACGAGCUCUGGAUCAUUGCAAGAUCCAUCAGAGUCAUAUUAGUUGGAGCAGGUAG